AUGGCGGCGGUAACCUCGGCGGCUGCGCCCACACAAGGGCACGGCGGCGUGACCAAUCCUCCUCUCGGCGGCGCUGUUGCCGGCUCCUCUACACAAGGGCACGGCGGCGUGACCAAUCCUCCUCUCGGCGGCGCUGUUGCCGGCUCCUCUGCCGCCGGCUCCUCCUCUGGCGGCCCCUCCUCUGGCGGCCCCUCCUUCUCGGCCCAGGCCCGCGCGCUGUACGUCUCCUCGUCGGCAAAGGCGGGGAUGGACGGUGUCGACAGCGAGAAGAUUGCAGAGAUUGUGCUUCAGACGGCCGCCAACUCGCCCUUCACCGCGCACCAGCGCAAGCUCGACAGGGCCGUGGACCGGCGUGUCGCGAAGCUGCUCGCCGCCAAGCGCAAGGUCUCGGAGCCCGAGCGCGCCGCCGCCCGCGCGACGGUGGCGGCGCGGCGCGCCGACCUCGAGGCCUCGCGCCGGCUCGAGCGCGUGUGCGUCGUGGUCGACUUUGAUCAGUUUUACGCCGCGGUGGCGAUGCGCGACCGGCCCGAGCUGGCGGAGAGGCCCCUGGCGGUGGGCGGCGCGCUGGUGCUGACGGCCAACUACGUCGCGCGCCGGUGGGGCGUGCGGAGCGGGCAGCCCGGCUUCGUCGCCAAGGAGCUGUGCCGGCAGCUGACGUUUGUGCCGGCCGAGUACGAAAAGUACGCCGAGGUUGCGGCGACGGCGAUGGAGGUGUACCGUGAGUACGACCCGGCCGUCUCGUGCGGGAUGGGGUACGACGAGUGCUCGCUCGACCUGACGCACUACCUGCGGCGGCGCGUGCGGUGGGACGCGACGGGCGGGCUGACGCUCUCGGCGCGUCGCCGCACUGCUCUCUGCUUCUCGACGUCUGAUGAGUGUCUCGUGGCUCCAUUUGAUCAGGCCGGCAUCGCGCCCAACUUUCUGCUCGCAAAGAUGGGCGCCGACGUCAACAAGCCGGACGGGCAGCACACCGUCUCGCCGACGGUAGAGGCGGUCCUCGCUUUCCUUUCGGCCACGCCGACGCGCAAGGCGCCCCCGCCCUCGGCCGCACACCACGAGGCUGCCCCGACCGCGGCAGGAGGCGCGAGCCGUGGCGCGUCCACGACACGUCCGGGACGUGUCCCGCAGGCAGACCAGCUGCUGCAGGUGGCGCUCGGCUGGUGCGAGAAAGAGCGGGGCGGCGACGCGGGCGCGAUGCAGAAGGGCAUCUCCUUCUCCGACACGUUUGGGUCGAGCGACGAGCCUGCGGCGCUGCGCCGCCAGCUGUGGACGAUGUGCGAGGGGCUCGGCGCGAGCAUGCUGGCCGCGGGGCUGGUUGGCGAGAAGCUCACGCUCCGGCUCAAGGACUCGAGCUUCGAGGUGCGGUCGCGCGCCGCGCCGCGCGGCGCCGCGAUCGGCAGCGCGGGCGAGCUGUACGCGCGCGCGCUGCCGCUGUUGGAGAGGGAGCUG